CGUGACGCGUAUUUUGGCAGUGAUAAUUUGAUUCGAAAGUGAAGAAAGAAAUUGUUAAUCCCCCGCCCUGGUAAAUGUAAAUCGGUAAAUCCCCAAAUUACGAAUUCAGAAAGAACCCCGACACCGAUGAUAGAACAGAGUGAUUUUCCUUUGCAGCAUUUCUAGAUAUCCUCGAUUUUUUCAAUUUGAUUCAGGAACAACAUGGCUGCAGAGGUUUCGAUGUGUUGCACCAGCACUUCUCACCUCACUCCAGAUGAGGAGAGAAUCAUGAUCAGAGACAUUGCUCUUGCUUCUCAAGCUAAUACCAAAGAAGGCGAUACCUUCUUCAUGAUCACUCAGAGAUGGUGGCAACAUUGGAUUGAAUAUGUGAACCAAGACCAUACGAACCCUUCUUAUGAUGGAUCUUCCUUUCCUGAACAUUGCGAUUUGUCCAGUUCUAGUGCUUUAAAGAGGCCAGCUGGUAUUGAUAAUUAUGAUUUGAUAGAUAAUACUGGAUCAGAGGACUCUAGUGCGGUGGGUAUUGAAAUUCAUGAUACACUUUUAGAAGGCCGUGACUAUGUAUUACUUCCCCAAGAGGUUUGGAAUCAAUUAUUUACAUGGUAUGGUGGUGGACCUACAUUGGCAAGGAAAGUUAUCAGUUCAGGUCUUUCCCAGACAGAAUUUGCAGUAGAGGUGUAUCCUUUACGGCUUCAAUUACUUGUGUUGCCAAAAAAUGAUCGAUCCACUAUAAGAAUAAGCAAGAAGGAAACCAUUGGACAGCUACACUUAAAGGCUUGUGAAAUAUUCGAUCUUCAUUUAGACCAAGUGCGCAUUUGGGAUUAUUAUGGCCAUCGGAAGCAUGCCUUGAUGAAUGACAUGGACAAAACUCUAGAUGAUGUCAACCUACAAAUGGACCAAGAUAUUCUAGUUGAGGUCAUAAACAAUACAAAUAGCGCAAGUUCUGCUCAAGAAAAUGGAUCAGCGCAGAGGGAAGCGAAUCCUGUUCUUGUGGAGUCUUCAAAAUCAAGCUUAUCAGGUGCUUGUGGCCUGUCUGCGAGCAAGGGUGCAUCUAGAGGCAACAAUAAUGAACUUUCUUCAUCUCAGAAACUAAACUCUCCGGUCAGAGACUUGGAAAACCCUUAUGGAACUAUUGGUGUCACCACAAGAGGUUCAUUUGGUGGUCUCACUGGGUUGCUGAAUCUUGGCAAUACUUGUUUCAUGAAUAGUGCAAUACAAUGUCUUGUUCAUACACCAGAAUUUGCUAGGUACUUUAGGGAGGACUAUCAUCGAGAGAUAAAUUGGCAAAAUCCACUCGGCAUGGUUGGCGAACUAGCCCUAGCAUUUGGUGAGUUGCUUCGUAAACUGUGGGCACCUGGGCGAACACCAAUUGCUCCUCGGCCUUUUAAAUCAAAGCUUGCUCGCUUUGCACCUCAGUUCAGCGGGCACAAUCAACAUGAUUCUCAGGAGCUUUUAGCAUUUCUGCUGGAUGGGCUCCAUGAAGACUUAAAUCGUGUAAAGCACAAACCAUAUAUAAAGUCCCGGGAUGCUGAUGGCCGACCUGAUGAAGAAGUGGCCGAUGAAUAUUGGGCAAAUCAUAUUGCUCGUAAUGAUUCCAUAAUUGUUGAUGUGUGCCAGGGACAAUACAAGUCAACUUUGGUAUGUCCAGUUUGCAACAAAGUCUCUGUCACAUUUGAUCCUUUUAUGUACCUUUCCCUUCCUCUCCAGUCCACCACCAGUAGAACCAUGACAGUGACAGUUUUUAGUUGUGACGGUACCACCCUACCAUCUCCGUGUACAGUAACUGUGACCAAGCAGGGACGAUGCAGAGAUCUUAUACAGGCACUUAGCAAUGCUUGCUCAUUGAAGCCUAACGAGAAGCUAUUGCUUGUAGAGAUACGAAACCAUUUGAUCCAUAGAUUUUUUGAAGAUCCUCUUCUAUUGUUAUCCUCAAUUAAAGAUGACGACCGCCUUGCGGCUUACAAGAUUCCAAAGAUCGACAAAAACACAAAGUACCUCCAGCUGAUACAUCGCCGUAGAGAGCAGAGUAGUGACUCGCAGACGAUUUCAGGAUGGAAACCAUAUGGAACACCUAUUGUUUCAUUGAUCUCAUCUGAUGAUACAAUCACAAGAGGUGAUAUUCAAGUAAUAGUUAAUCGCAUACUCUCUCCUCUUCUAUUGAAAGGCGGCAAUGCACAACACGCCGCUUCUGCUGAAACCAGCAACCUGAAUUUGGCGUCAAAUUCUAUAAAUAAGGACGAUAGUGUUUCGAAGGCAAAACACCUACCAACAUUACCUCUACUAUUGGUAGAUGAUAACAAUGCUUGCAUUGAUCUUUCAAUGGGAGAGGAGAAAGUAGUUAAACUGUCACCAUCAUCGGCAACAGUUUUAGUAUAUAUUGAUUGGUCUCAGAAGCUUCUGGAGAAGUAUGAUACCCAUCCACUUGAGACUUUGCCAGAAGUAUUGAAAUGUGGGCCUGUAACCAAGAAAGCUCGUAUUGAACCUCUCUCGUUGUACACUUGUUUGGAAGCUUUUCUGCGCGAAGAACCUUUGGUGCCUGAAGAUAUGUGGUACUGUCCUAAAUGCAAAGAGAGACGACAAGCAAGCAAAAAGCUUGAUUUAUGGAGGCUUCCGGAGGUUUUGGUCAUUCAUUUAAAGAGGUUCUCAUACAGCAGGUCAAUGAAGCAUAAACUAGAGACUUUUGUAAACUUUCCAAUUCAUGAUUUUGAUUUAACAAAUUACAUAGCCAACAAAAACAACCCGCGGCGGCAACUGUAUGAACUCUACGCCCUUACAAAUCACUAUGGUAGUAUGGGUAGUGGCCAUUAUACUGCACAUAUUAAGAUUAUAGAAGAAAACAGAUGGUACAACUUUGAUGAUAGCCACAUAUCACUCAUAAGUGAAGAUGAGGUAAAUACUGCCGCCGCCUAUGUUCUAUUUUACCGGAGGGUGAAAACUGACGAUGCUGUGGUAAGCAAUGGGGCUUAGUCUUCCAUGUAUGCAUUUUUAGGCAUAAAAUAGAAGUAGAUUUUCAAGAAGAUAUCUAGUUAUUCUCUGAGAAAUUCUAGGUAAUAUUUAGGUGUAUGUCUCAAUUUAGACAUUUUUGUUUAAUGUAAUGAAAAACACAAUGUUGAUGAGUUUUUUUGGGUCAAAAGCAUGUUGAUGAGUUUAGUCAACGAAAUAAUUUAAGAUGUACUUCUUCUACUUUACAAUUUACUCUUGUUUUUCUGAGUUUCUUUGGGGAGAUUAGGUAGAAGUCGAAGUUGAAUUCAAUAUCUCUUGCCUUCAUGAGCAAGUGUGAACUGAUUUGUUUAUAGUGUUCAACUGCUCUAAGCACUUGCUGCUAUUUGAACA